AUGAGAAAGUAUUCAAAGGACUCUUUCGAUAGAUUUGGAGACGACUUAUGCCUACAGUUGUUGUCUUUCCUCACAUUUGAAGACCGAUUCCGUUGUGAAUGUCUAUCAAAACAGUGGCGAAGACUUGUAUUCAAUACACAGAAAGACAUUCAUUACAGUGAAGACAACAAUUGGUCUGAUUUGUCGACAUUUGAGAUGAUAUUAAAGAAAUGUCAAAAUAUAACACAUUUGCGAAAUUUGGUUUAUACAACACCUCUGUUCGGCGGAUCAAACACUUGGCAUAUAACGGAUCCAAAGCUGGAUGAUGAUCAGUUAAAACAGACAUUACUCGUGAAGAAUACGAAGAAUUGCCAGAAUUUGCUACAAUUGCGGAUCGAUAUGCCUAUACAUAACAAUCGACAGAUCGUGUGA